AUGGCCACGCCCAACAGAGAGCCUCCAACACCCACCUCGCCUGCGCUCUCUUCGAGAUCGAGCAUGGAGACCGCUUCACCUUCAAGCAGAGCACCGUCCUUGCGACUACCAUCCAUGCCCAGUGCAGCCGCUCAACACCGUCAAAGCUUCAACGAGCUGCGAGGACAACCUCCCUCCCCACGCUCUCAGAGACAACUCUCCAUGUCAUCCCAAGCGGUACAAGAUCUGAUUGACAACCCUCCGUCGAAACAUCCAGAUCCCAGAUUUGCGGGACGAGACUGGACAACCGUCCAAGUAAAAGAGUUGAUCAACCCCGAUAAUCUCAGAUUUGUGGGCAAUGAAACGGGCAUGGAAGCGGCUACAAAGGUUCUUGUCGAGUCCGGUUCCAGCGUCAUUCUCAUCCGCGACAAGGAUGGUACAUCUGUGAUUGGGACUUUCGACUACCACGACCUCAACGCCUACCUACUGCUGGUCAUCGGCCUGGCGCAUCCCGAUGACGAGCACGCAGAAGACUUCAAUGAGAUGGCGCAACGAGCAAGAGAAGGCAAACCCGUACACCUCCGGGACAUCAAGGACAUAAGCAAGAAAGAGCCAUUGUCGUUCUUGUCCGAGGACGCGAAUCUACUUCAAGCCAUUGAGACGUUCGGAAAGGGCGUGCAUCGCGCCGUUGUGGUCAACCCCUCGACAAAGCAGGCCACCGGCGUCCUCAGUCAAAGUCUCCUCAACAGAUUCCUGUGGGAGAACGGCAGAAGCUUCCCAGUUCUCGAUCAACUGUACUCGCAACACCUGCGCGAUCUGAAGAUUGGAUCCAACGACGUUGUUGCUAUCAAUGGUGACCGACCUCUAGCGGAAGCUCUGACAUUACUCCUGAACGAAGGCGUCUCCUCGCUUCCAGUACUGGACCACAAUUCCAACGUCAUCGGGAACAUCUCCAUCGUCGACGUCAAACUCCUCACAAAGUCCUCGUCGCUCCCCCUCCUCCGCAAUACCUGCAUCCACUUCAUCACAGUCAUUCUCUCCACGCGAGGCAUGUUCGAAGGCAAAGAUUCCUUCCCCGUUUUCCACGUCACACCACUCUCUACAUUGGCACACACGGUUGCCAAACUUGUCGCCACAAAAUCCCACAGAAUGUGGAUCACCGAGCCUAUAUCGCCGAGUUCGUCCGGACCACCAACCCCGUCUCUGCACUCGGCCACUCUCGCCCCAACAUCAAGUCAUUCCUCCCACAUUUCUGCCCCCAGUGGACCACCUGCAGCAACGUCUGUCCCGGUCGACGCCUCUGGGACCGCCGUCGCAGACGCAUCAGCAAAGACCCCCUUCAUUAUGCCCACUGGACCUAGCAUCUCCGCCUCCGCACUUCCAGGCGCUUUUAUCUCCGGUCGUUUGGUCGGCGUCGUGAGCCUGACGGACAUUUUAGUCCUGUUUGCACGAGCAGGUGGAUUGGGGAAUGCGGCUGACCCCAGUGAGCUGCGCCUGAGACGACGAAGAAGCAGUUCCAGCAGUGUACGAAGGAGCAAUGACCUCGGCGCUCGACCUAAAUCUAGUGGAGUUACUGGCACGGAGAAUGAGAAUGGAGAAGGAUGA